AUGAAUAAUGUUCGGCGAAGGCGACUGUCUUCCAGAGAAUGCUCUACUGUUGCGCAUAUUAUCCAUACAGAAACCCCGAUUGAGGAAGAAACCUUACCACAUUACAAAGCAGAGCAUUACUAUCCAGUAAGAAUAGGCAAUGUGUAUCACGCCAGAUACAAAGUUGCAGGAAAGCUUGGGUAUAGGGCAUAUUCAACUACCUGGCUCUGCCGAGAUCUCCAAGCCAAUAACUACACAGUAUUGAAGGUAUCAACCUCCUUGCCAGAUUAUCCCACUGCAGCAGAUCGCGAAUUGAGAGUCUAUAAACACCUAGCAAAAAUAGAUUCUUCGCAUCCGGGUCGGUCAUUGAUCCGCGAGCUGUAUGAUUCAUUCGACCUCCAUGGCCCUGGGGGCACACAUCGAUGCCUUGUACUGCAGCUGAUGAAUGUGACACUUCUUAAAAUGAUGAGAAUGAAUCCUCGGCUGUUUGAUCUACCUCUACUAAGAAUGACAAUCAAGCGACUUCUAUUAGCUCUUGAUUUCUUGCACACGGAGGCUGAGGUUAUUCAUACUGACUUAAUGUCUAACAAUCUGAUGCUCAGCCUAGAGGAUAGCUCCAUGCUGGCGGAUUUCACAACAGCAGAAACCGAAAACCCAAGUCCUCAGAAGUUGAUUAACCAGUCAUAUAUUAUUUAUUACAGUCAAAACUUCCGGAGGCCCACAGGAGGCAGAAACUACGGUCUUCCAGUCCUAUGCGACUUAGGAGAGGCAAGGAUUGGCAAAACACAGGCGUCAGGACCUUUCGUCCAACCACACAUAUAUCGAGCGCCGGAGGUUAUUUUUGAAAUGACUUGGGGAAGCGCUAUUGAUAUCUGGAAUCUUGCUGGCCUUAUUUGGGAUCUGUUUGAAGGGCAGCAUCUGUUUGGAGAUAUAUUUGAUGCCAAAGGUGGCCAUGAUCCGUUCAGACAUCUGGCGCUUAUGGUGGCCUUGAUUGGACCACCGCCAACCGAAUUCGUGCGGUGUAGUGAGACGACGGAGGCAGUGCUUUGA